CAGCGCAUGACUGUGUUUUUAUGAAUGAAAGGAAUCCGCGGGUGAGUAAUCGCGGGCAGCUCGCGGCGCGCCCCGCCCGGGGACGAGCGCGGCCUCCUCCCGGGCUGGCACGGGGCGACCAUGGCUGCGGACGGGCUCUCCAGCAAGGCGCUGAAGGUGAAGCGGGAGCUGGGGGAGAACACGCCGCUGCUGUCGGACGAGGAGCUGAUGGGGCUGUCGGUGCGGGAGCUCAACCACCACCUGCGGGGCCUCUCCAAGGAGGAGGUGGCGCGGCUGAAGCAGCGGCGGCGGACGCUGAAGAACCGGGGCUACGCCGCCAGCUGCCGGGUGAAGCGCGUCUGCCAGAAGGAAGAGCUGCAGAAGCAGAAGAUGGAGCUGGAGUGGGAGGUGGACAAGCUGGCCCGGGAGAACGCCGCCAUGCGCCUGGAGCUCGACACCCUGCGAGGCAAGUACGAGGCCCUGCAGGGCUUCGCCCGCACCGUGGCCGCCCACGGGCCCCCCGCCAAGGUGGCCACCGCCAGCGUCAUCACCAUCGUCAAGUCCGGCACCAACCAGGCCGCCUACUCCUAGUGCCGGCCUCCCCCCCCCGUCCCCCCCGGCCGGGCACGGACCCCUCUCCGUGGCCCCCGGGGUGCCUUCCCCCACGGAUCGACUCGAGGGUUGCCUCUAAGCCCUCCCUGACCUCUCCUCUGCUCGGACAUGGCCCCAAAAUCCUCCCUCUCUUGCUGGGGCAGCUCUCCUGAGGAUGGGGAGCUGCCACCACGCGUGUGCUGGGGUGGGCAGGACCCCAUGGGGGACCCCCGUGGAGGCUGCGGUGGCUCCCGAAACCUGGCGGCACCCCGCAGUGCCAGUCCCCCUGCUGCAGCCCCCCCAGUCUCGGCACCCCUCUCCCCGCUGCGUGCGUGCAGGAGGGGAUGAGCCCAGGUGGCUGGAGGCAGGGGAACGUCCCACAGGCUCCAAGCUGGCAGGAAAAUGCCCCCUUUUUUAUUUUUUUUUUGGGAGGGGGGGAGGAAGCGGGAGAGCUGAGCGCACGGGAAUUGCGCUCCCAGGAGCACGUGCCGGGGAGGGAAAUGGGGAGAGAGAAAGAGAGAGAGAGUUUGGCGGCGAUGGGCAGAUGGAAAAAAAAAGAUGGGAAGGGCCGGGAUCGGCCCCGUGAGCCGGGAUGGAGGUGGCGAGGGAAGGUGGCAGGUCAGAGGGGGAGAGAAAGUGGCUGCAGGUUGGUGCCUGGGUGUGGGUGGGGAGCCUGGAGGCGAUGGGGACGGCGGGGAGGGGUCCUUGGGGCAGGGGACACGAGGGGCUCCGAGGCUGUUGGCCGCGCAGGGGAGAAGCAGAGGCGCUGUUUUCUGUCCCCACCACGCACAUCCUUCACGCCUCUUCCUGCCCGCGGGACGCUGGGCCCGGCCGGGCGCCUCCAAAAAGGCAGCAGCAUGGGCAGGAAGGAAGCGGAGGCAGCUGGAGCGGCGAUAAAAACGCUGUUUGGCUCGGCGCAGGCCAGCUCGGAUGGCCACGCCAAGCCCAGCGCGCGCUCCCCUGCGCCCCGUGGGCCAUAAAGCACACGGAGAGGCCGUCCUGGCCGCCGGGAGCAGGAAUCGAGGCUGCGAGACUCGCAGGGAGAGGUGGAGGUGGGGAGCCAGGGCACAGAGCAUCCCUGCUCCUGGGAGCCGCCCCGCCGGCAGCAGGCACACCUCCCUUGGGGUUUUUCCUCCAGCUUGGGGCCAAAGGGCUCUUCAGCAGGCUUCAAAGCCGGAGCAGAGCUGGGUUUGAUGAGCAGCGGGGAGGCGGGCACCUUUGCCACCCCCUGUGAUCGCCCCUUUCUGCCCCGGUAUCGCCACGCCACCAGCCGCUUGGCUGCAGCCUCCAUCCCUCCCCAAAACGAGGUGCCCACCGCUCGCGGGGGAGGGCACGGUGGUUAUAGAGUCCCCCCCGCUCGUCCCCGACUCCUCUUGGGUUUAUUUAUUGCACGACCGUAAGUUAUUUUUCACGUCCUCUUUGCCAUUCCGCCGCUCGGCACAGCCAGGAUGUUGGUACAGAGCCGUACUUUAUAUUUUAUAUAUGCAAAUCACAUUUUAUCUUAUACUUAUAUAGAGCAAAAAAUAAAAAAUACUUAUUUAUUUUCUGACUUACAGUAUGUGUCCUACCCGACUCCUCUGUAUUUUGUAGACUUUACAAAUAAAGCAAGUUUGUUUUGUUUUUU